CAACAAAACAAAAUGGUGGCGAGCAGUUCGAAAGUUCAUGUAGAAUUAUUUAUUUUUAACUUUUUGGGGAUCUGCAUCUCUCUUGUAAACUCAGAUUUUAACUUUGAAGAAAUUUAUGGCGUUAAGUAUGGAUUUGAGAUUUCAAAGGAACCUGUUCUUCUAAAAGAGGUAAGUUUUUUAACUUCUUUUAUUUGCGCCAAUGGUGUAACGCAACGUCUUAGCAUCUGCUUCCUUACGGGUCUUCCAGCAAGCUGCCUGGUUCAAGAAAGCGGGCACCUGCAGCGAGAAAUUAGAAUUCCUCGAUAUGCUAAUAUUUGUCUAUCUUGCUUAACUGGAAAAAAGAGGAUCAUUGAAAAUAGAAAAAAGACUUGAAAAGAUAUGCGGCGAGCAAUUUAAAUAGCUUCUGUAGUAACAGUAGUUACGUUUAGAUGACAAGCUUUCGACACCGUUUCCGUUUGGCGCAUGACGUUACACUAAUUUAAUACCUUCUUUUCUCUGUUUGUUUACGGUUGAUACUUGUUGCACUGUGGUUUAUCUACAAUCCCAAAAACGCUGCAUUCAUCAGUUAAUGAUAGUGAGGGAAAAGUGUUUUAAGGUAGCUUUCUUCCUUAUGUCAGGGUAAAGGAAGGAUAAUAUUAAACCCUAUUUUAGCUCGUUUUACUGUCUGAUCUUUUAAACUAUAUUUUCUGAAGUUACGAAAGAAAUUUUUCCCUUGGUUGUUAUUUCUAAAUAAACAAUUUUACUUUGGAAAUUUUUUUUACAUUGACCUUUUCUACUUCACAGUUCAGUACUCAGAAAUAUCCACUCUCACUUUGCUAGAGUCGUUCAUGCCAUGAUUUUAUGAUCUGUACUUCUGUUAGCUGAGUGACCUUGUUUUUACCCUGAGCUGUCAAAUCUCAGACGGCAGCAAAAGGGGAGUCAUGGUCCUGUUUCGUUUCACGUGCAAAUUUCACUAAUCAGGUGUUUUAUAAACCAAUUUUCACGAGUCAUGAAUUUAGUCAUCAACCUCUCCUGCCCGUUAAUCAAAGAGGCCAGCGACCAAAAACACAGUCAUCACGGCUGAGACUGAUGGUGGUCAUAUUGAAAUAUGUCAAAGAUUAUACUGACCGCACGUGGUUUGUAGGUUCUAGUUUUUUUGUGGGACAAAUAAUUCACAAAUUCCACAUAUCUUACACGGUAAAUCACGCUUCAUAUCCAUACAUGGUUUCACAGAUCACGUUCGUAUUAUAAAAAAUUUCACGUCACACACCAAAUUUUGGCCUCAUCACCCUUUGCUACCCUCAUCCCACUGAUUGGUUGUUAUCCGAAAUUUCAUUGCACCAGUCUGUAUAAUCUGUGGCUACCUGCUCGGCAGACUGGUGCUUAUCCAAUCGAGCUAACCGGCUGGUGGCUCGACAGGCGAUGGCUCUCUAUCUUCAUUUCUCUGACAACUUAUUUGUAUUUCUGUUUUUUAAGUAUCUUUUAAUAUUGACCAGCUUUUUCAUUUUCUGCAGAAUCCAACAACUGGGAAUACAGUGCUGUUAUCUUCAAAACAUGGACAAAAGUACCAGUGUGUUUUACCUGAAUUGGAAACAUUAGAGAAACAGAAUGAAGAUAAUCAUAUUUUAUCAAAAGAGGAAAUCCCACUGCUGUUAGAGCCUUUGAAGAAAAAAUGUUUGUAUAAUGUAAGUUAUAAGUGAUAAUAAAGCAGGGCUCGAAAAAGAGUCUUGCUUGGUUGUGUGGAACAAGUAGAAUCUUUUCUUGCUAAGGAAGUAGGGUCAGCAGUUGUCCAACAUGGCAACCACAACUUUCAGCCUGAAAAAUUUAGCGAAUCAAUCUAUGCCAUCAAUCUUCGGCUUCGAAGGGUAGGCAUUACUGGUAAAUAAUAAUAAUAAGUAACUUCAAAAGCUCAUUAUUUUGCUAAAAGACUAAUGAGGGUUAGGCAAGUCAUCUUGCUACAGAAUCAUUAACUAAAAUUCUGAAUACAGCUUCCUCUUGUUUUUGUUUUUUCAUCACUACCUGUGCACUAGUGAUAAUAAAUAAACCAUAAUAUAUCCACAAGUGCCAUUUGGAGGGUUGAUCUAACCUUAAUACCAUCUAUUAACUAAAAAGCAUCAGUGCAGACUGUGUUCACUACAGAGACUUGUCAGUACAUGUACAUACAUGCCAUAAUGAAAGUUGGUGAUCUUAAAAACUCCUGUACAUAUCUUACAUCUUUUUAAACGUCUUGUGGUGUUUCUCCUCCUUGUUAUUCUGGGAAAACUCAACUUCUCUUCUCUCUUUGAUAAAAGAUGUUAGCUUCUGUUGUUUUUCCAAAUUUUUGGCGUGCUAAUUUUUAACAUAAAAGCAUGAAUUUUGAUGUUCUAGGGAUACUCAUGCAAAACAUAAUGAUUUCAGUGUGAUUAAAGGAUAAUAAUAAAAUAUUUUGUAACUAAUCUAAUUAACCAUAAAACAUGGAGUAGGAGCUGGCAUCUCGUUUUUGUAAUUUUUGAACAGUAAAUAAAAUUAAAAUAAGGGUUGAUAGAGAGCCCUCAAAUGGCUCUUGCAGAGCUUAACAAACCUCAAAUAGUCUACUAGCACCUUGAGAAACCUUACAAGCAUGCCUUAAAUACUUCUGCAGUUAUGUAAUGUAGUAAACAUACUCUUGUGAAACUAACAAAAUGUUACAAAAUAUAUUUUUUGUGACCAGUCUUUUUCUUACCUUGCAGAACAAAGGUUGGUGGACAUAUGAAGUAUGUUUUGGGAAAGGCAUUUACCAAUAUCAUGAAGAAGGUACAUGUGCCUGUAAUGCUUUUACGACAUUGGAGGGAGUAAUACUCAAGUAGUUAUUCCUAAUAUUCCUAACUUAUCUUUGUUUGUUUCUUUUUCUUCUUCCAGCUAAUGAAAUUGUGGGGGACAAGAUCUCUUUAGGUGUUUUUAGUAAUGAAACUGACUGGAGCCAAGAAAAGAUAGAGAAGGUAAGAAUUUAAGAGAAAAUAUUUUUGUUGUGGUUCAAUUUUAUUCUUGGCUUAGAUUAUAUUUUCCUUUGUUGGAAAUGAAUAUUAUCAUAUCAACAGGUAAACUAAAGGAAAAAUAUAAUUUACACCAAAGAAAAUGAACCGCAAAUUCACUUGUAUACAGUCACAUAGUAUGCUUUGUAUCACCAUACAGUGUUAGCAGCAUUGGCCAAUCUUGGGAAACAAAUGAUGAGAUGUCCCUUUUCAGGGUGUUCAUUAGGCAUCGGAGAUCGCAGAAUUCUCCAUUUACCACGCAGAAUUCUAUGACCAACAUUCAGUAGCUUAUGACUAUUUUUUAUUGAGAUGUGGAGCCUCUUUCAAAAUAAUGUCCUGUAAUGUUACACCUUUCUCCUGCUACUAGGAUUCUUAAUGAAAACCCUCCCUUUUUCAUAUUUUUCACAAAAGAGAGUGCUCCCUAUAAGUUCAUUGAAUGUAAAACUGCAGUGAGCAGCUUUUUCAUUAUUCAUCAGGUAAAACCUAAACCAGGAAAGAACACAUCUCUAAAGAAGUUUCACUCUCAAUAUUAUGUGAAUGGCAGUGAGUGUGAUUUGACAGGCAAAGCAAGAGAAACACAAAUCAAGGUAUUUUGCAUCAUGACAGUUUUAACCCCAAUAUCAACAUACAUAUUCUCCAGACUAAUCUCCAUACUUUUCCUAAAGAAUUAGUAACGAGAAUUGUAUUGAAGAUCAAAAGGUUUUCCCUUUUGUGAUCAUUUCAUUAAAUCUUUUAAACUUUUCUCUUGACUCUGUAUUGAUAUUAUUGUUAGAAGAAAAUUGAUUUUGGUCAUAAAGGUUUAAAUUUUUAAAACCAAAAUAAUUAAUGAUGAUGGCCAAGAAUGUCCUAAUAAGUGGCAGAUAAGUCAGUAAGUUCAGUGUUACUACUUUUCCAAAGUCUUUGCAUUUGAAACGAUGUUAGAGAUACUUCAAAAAUCGUUUUUGUAGUAAAAAACAUACACUAGGCAGCUUUUACAUACCACCUCUUAUUUGGUUAGCUGUACAUUUGUUUUCUUAACUAUAAAUUGACAUCAGUUCUUUAUGUUGUUGUUUAUUUAAGAUUUUCUGUGAAGAAGGCAGUGCAGACCUUGUUUUAAGAGUAGAUGAGCCGUCAUCAUGUUUCUAUGUGAUCACAGUUUACACUGGCAAGCUGUGCAAACACAACCUGUUCAGGUCAUCAAAUGCACAGGAACCCCAGCCUAUCACCUGCUCACCUGCCCUAUCAGAAGAUCGCUAUAAGAUUUACAUCGAAAAAGUUGGUUAGUGAACAUGUUUACAGGUUAUUGUUUUUUGUAAGUGAUAUUACCAUAAAUGUGUAAAAUCAGGUCUUUGUGACGACAAAUACAGAGAAAACUAAUUCACAUCUCUAUAUGGGAGAUUCUGAUAUUGUGCUUAAACCUACAUUGUACAUGUACUCAAAAGAGUGUCCAAAAUCAAACUAAUUAUUCCACAAUUGAUAGUCAAACAAGGGCUUGUGAUACGAUCAGGCCUUCUGAUGCAUGUAGGUGUGAUGAGAAUCAGAAAUUAUGCAGCAUUUUACAGGGUAGCCUGUACGAAGAGAGAAAGGCCUGUUGGAUGACAAGUUACCCUAUUUCCUCGAAUAACAGCCGUCCCUAGAUGAAUUGCCUCCCUCAAUAAUCGCCCCCCUUUGAUGGAAAUAUUUAGAAUAAUCACCUCCCUCGAAUAAUCGCCCCCCCCCAACCCCCUCUCGCCAUCUUCUUUUUCUUUUUUCCCCUCCCUGUCAAGAUGAAGAGGAAUCUGAUCCAGCAAAACUUAUCAGUGAUGAUUCAAGCUUUGAAAAUUUAUUUAAGGAACCACAUUUGGAACACUUUAAAAGCUCAUAUUUAGUUUAUUUGAUGUGAUAAUGUUUUGAUUUAUAAUGGUAAUUGAACUGAGUGGAGUGCAAUUUUGUCUGAAAUCAUACGCGUGAUUUCAAAAUCGAACGAGCGCGCAGCGCGACUUUGAUUUGAAAUCACAAGUAUGAUUUCAGACCAAAAUUGCACGACACGAAGUUCAAUUACCACUUUAUUACAUCCAUUUUGAAAUUGCAGAAUUUAGUCAGUACUAAUAUUUUAUUGAUCGAGUAGCCGUUUUGUUAAAAAGCCAAAACAAAAAAGCUUUUACAUCUCAUUUUGUAUUCGAAACAGAAAUGAUGCGAUAUAGAGCAAAAAUGGUGCGAUUUAAAACAGAAAUGAUGCGAUUUAGAACAUGAAUGACGCGAUUUGGAACAGAUGCGAUUUAGAGUAAAAAAUGGUGCGAUUUAGGAAUAAAUCACACUGCUGAGAGCCAAUCAGAUUGCACGGAUAGCCGGUGAUUUCAAAGUGGAUGUAAUAAAGGGGAUAAUGAAACAAAAAAUUUAGGGCAUGACUUACAGUGAGCAGUAUUGAAAUAAUCACCUCCCUCGACUAAUUACCUCCCUUGAAUAAUCGCCCCGGCUAUUAUUUGAGGAAAUACAGUACACGCAAAUUAUGCAAUUUUUUCUCGCACAAUGGACCUUUCUUUUCCCACAAUCUGCCCUGAAAAUACUGCAUAAUUUUUGAUUUUUUUAUUGCACCCUUUCAGAAGCCCUGUUAACCCUUUAAGCCCUAGGAGUGAUCAGCGUCAAAUUUCUCAUUGUAAUAUCACUGCUUUAUAAAACAAAGUGCUGAUGAGAAUUGAAGACAUGAUCACAGAAGAAGAAUCUAAUUAUUGAUACUUCAACAAAAUUAAUUAUCCCCACUACUUCUAUUGAAAACGUAUAGGGAUAACAAAUGAGAAUUUGAAUUUUGAUAUUAGUGUUUAAAGGGUUAAACAUUCUAUAGGCAAAGUAUUAAAAAUAUCUUUGAAAAUUGCAGAAUCAAAGAAAAAGGCUAAAGAAGAGGCCGAGGCGGCCAGACUUCAAGCUCAGAAAGCGAGAGCUGCUGCUGCAGAUCUUGAUGCCGAAGAUGAUAUAGAACAAGACGAAGAUUCCUCUGUGAAAAGGAAGAAGCGAUCCAAACGUAGCCUGAUUUGGCCAUGGGAGGAUCCAGGGGUUGAAAGCGAAGAUGAAGUGUGGAUUGAUGGCAGGAUUGAGGACAGUAAGCUUGAUGUGCAUCGAUAUGACCUCACCAAAGGCCAGAAAACCAACGAGAAAGGUGAACGCUCGGAAGAAGGGCUUAGCAUCAUGAGCCAGAAAAUACAAAGAAAGAGAGAAGAAAGGUAGUGUUUAUGUAGCCUGUAGUGCAGCCAUCUUCUUUAGGUGCAAAAAUGUUUGUACUUGCGAACCACUAGGUUGAAACCACAGUAAAGCUUCGGUAAAAACGUGCAACUUGUUUUGCAAAAUCGCUGCUGAACAAGUUGUAAGUAACAAACCUGUUAGCAACCUGAUUUGUCGCAAGACAGGUUUGAUAUGGGUGGUAAAACACGCAACAUCGCUAUUCAACUCGUUUUGCAGCGUUGUUGCGUAACAAGUUGCAUUAAUUUUCCGUACCUUAAGAUUAUGAAUUCUGAAAAACGGAGACGAGCUGAGGCAAGUCAAAAGGAGUGAGUGAGGUGGGAGGGUAGGGAGGGAGAGAAGAAGAAACACCAUUUUUUCUCCCCUCCAGCUCCCCCAUCUCCUUCUUUCACCCUAGUGCCCACCCUAAUGGGUUGUGAUAUUUUACUUUCCCGAAUCUUCGUCUGCCUUAAUGUAUAGAUUUACCCAGGGCUAAAAGCGAAGCUCCGGUUAAUAAUACUUAUAAACAAAAAAAUUUAAAUCGUGUAAUGUUAAACGGGGACGGCAAUGAAAAUGGCAUCAAGAUCAACAGUUCUAAUUAGCAAAAAACCAAAUUGCACGUGCGGCACACUUUUUUUUCUAAUUAGCAAAAAAACAAAUUUGCACGUGCGGCACGCACUUUUGUCUUUCUUUGUCGUUGUUUUGCACGACUACAACGCUGUUUUGUACGACUAAAACAUCAAACUUCCUAGUUACACAUUAUUUUUAUGGAGGAAUUGUUGUAUGUGCUUACCCAAUAUUUUGUUUCCUGUGUUCAUGUUCUCUUUUAUUUUUCACUGGCCCUCAUUUACACCUUGCUGACUGCUCCGUUCUGGCCGCUAGCAAUUCUCGUUUUCUCACCGUCUCUUUGAAUUUUCAUGUUUUUCUUCCUACGAAAUUCGUCUCCCUCGCUCUAGCUCUUUCUCUGUUAUCCACGUGAGUGUGAACAUCAAUAAUAACGUCGAAGAAGACACGACUUUGUUGUUGUUUUUUCUUUCUAAAAGUCCGGGUGGCCAGGCGAUUUUCUUCCAAAUGAAACCUUGAGUUGCAUUUAUCAUAUGGCUGAAUCCAUGUGCGAGCAGGUUGAAGCGAAUCCUGCGUUCUGAUUAGCUACCAGUGAGCGGCGAGCAAAAUGGACGCAUCAUUUCUCGCCUUUUUCCCACGAGAAAAAAUUCUCUCUUUUCGUCUCGCUCACCAAACAAGCUUGGUCAAUAACGCAAAUGUAAAUCUCAGUUCCAUUUGGUAUACUUACAGCUUACAUUUAUCAUCUCUCUCGUUUCCUUCUUAAGAGGGAAUAACGUCUCAGAUUUCUGCUUUUGGA